AUGCAGCCCGAGACAGAGCAGCCCGCACCAUCCGCAGAGUCUGCUGCAGACUCGCCUGCUACCACAGAGCAGCCUGCGAGCGAGCCCGCGCAGCCGCUCUCGAAAAACGCACAGAAGCGUCUCGCGAAAGCCGCGCACCUCGCCGAGCAGAAGAAGGAGCGGCGCGCCGCGGAGAAAGAGAGGCGGAAGGAAAAGAAGCGCAUCCUCGCGGAAAAGCGGGCGGCGGGAGAGCUGGACGAGGACGAGGACGCCCGGGCGAGGAAGAAGCGCAGGAUGGGGGCUGGCCCGAAGAGGCCGUUCAAGGCGAGGGUCGUCGUCGACCUUGGCUUCGACGACAAGAUGACCGACAACGAGGUGAAGUCGCUCACGUCGCAGCUCGCCUACACAUAUAGUGCGAACAGAAAGGCGGAGCAGCCUUUCGAGCGGUUACUGUUCACGUCGUUGGAUGGGCGUACGUAUACGCGCAUGGAGGAGACGAACAACGCCGCAUAUAAGCGGUGGGUAAAUGCUGAGUGGUGGACGGAGGGAUACCAACGCUUAUGGGAACAACCCGGGGCGGCGAACGGCGAGAGCUCAGCCGACGAACAGUCCUUGACUUCUGGGGAAGGCGAAGGGACACAGACAGAAGUAGCGCAGCCUUUACAAGCAGACAGCGAGGAGGGAGCUACUAAAGGCAAAGGCAUUCUCGCAGGAAACGGCGCAGCGGACGGUGACUCAGAGCAACAGGCUGGAUGUGCUCGCAGUGGCAGAGAGGGACCACCUUCAUCAGCCCCCAAGGAAUCCGUCGUAUAUCUCACCGCAGACUCGCAAGACGAGCUUGCGGAGCUCAAAGAAGGGGAGACUUACAUCAUUGGUGGCCUAUGUGACCAUAAUCGCUACAAGAAUAUCUGCUUCGACAAGGCGGAGUCGUCAGGGAUCCGCUCGGCUCGGCUCCCGAUAGGAACGUACCUUGCGUCGCUGAAGACACGCAAGGUCCUCACCGUCAAUCAGACGUUUGAGAUCCUCCUGAAGUGGGUGGAGACACGGAACUGGGAGGAGGCGCUCGAAGCAGUCAUUCCCAAGAGGAAGUUUGCUACUGAGGGACGGAGGAGAGGGGGAAAGGCAAGCAGAGUGAGCGAAGCGGGUAAUGAGGAGGGUGAUGAGGACGAGAUGGUCGCGGGUGCGACAGAGAUAGAAGGAGCAGAACAGGCGGGCAAGGCAGAAGCAAACCCUGGAGGUGAGGAACGGACCAAGGAGGUAGUGUAG